AGGAAAGGAAGUCAAUCUCAAAACUCUGGAGGUUUCAAUAGCUUUUUUUUUUUGGCUUGAGUAACUUGAGAUCCAUGAAACAGUCAUUUGUGAUAUUGUCUGUAGUUUUUAAAAGUGCAGGCAUUAAGCUUUUCACAGAACAGGGUGGGAAAUUGGCUCUAUUGUAAAGCAAGAGUACAGCACAUAACUCUUGAAGUUUACCAUUAUGAGUAUCUCUAUCCAUUCUGCUCUCUGCUGCAGCAUGAGGUUCUCUUCCAGAAUAUCUCCGGGACCUGUUUCUUUUGUUAUCACACUGUUUCUGAUAAAACAGGUCUCAGGCUCUUCGCUGAAGAAAAUAACAACUAAUUGGCUUAACUAUAAAAAAGAAUGCUUGAAAAAGUUACAAGAAUCUUCAGUAGAAACUGGAACAUAUUGCAAUGGAACAUUUGAUAACUUGGUUUGCUGGCCUCAUUCACUUCCAGGAAAUGUGUCUGUUCCUUGUCCUCCAUAUAUAUCUGGGCUGGAAAACGGAAGUGCAAGAAAUGUAUACAGAGUCUGCUUAGAUCAGGGAAUCUGGCAAACCAAAGAGAACUCUACAGAUAUUUGGCGUGAUCAUUCAGAGUGCUUUGAGAAGAAUCAUUUCACCCAAGAAGAAGGACACAUGUUACUUUCUACACUACAAUUACUGUACACCGUUGGAUACUACUUGUCUCUCAGUUCCCUUGUAUUAGCUCUACUUAUACUUCUGCUCCUCAGAAAACUUCACUGCACUAGAAAUUACAUCCAUAUAAAUUUAUUUGCUUCCUUUAUACUGCGAGCUAUAGCAGUUCUUAUAAAAGAUACUAUAACCCAUAAUAAUUAUUCAAAAAAACCAGAUAAUGAAACUGGAUGGAUUUCCUACUUCAAUCCUGAGAUUUUAGCCAUUUGCAGGACUUCACAGCUUUCCUUGCAUUACUUUGUUGGUGCAAAUUAUUUUUGGCUUUUAGUUGAAGGAAUUUAUCUCCACACAUUAUUGGUGACUGAUGUGCUCACUGCAAGACUCUUGCUGCAGAGAUACAUUGUCAUAGGAUGGGUUGUUCCAGUUCUGUUUGUGGCCCCCUGGGGCAUAGCCAGAGCAAAAUUGGAAGACACAGGGUGCUGGGCAACACAUGACAAUGAGGGAAUCUGGUGGAUCAUCCGAGGGCCAAUGUUAUUUUCCAUUGCAGUUAAUUUCUGCAUCUUCCUAAAAAUUCUAAAGUUGUUAAUUUCCAAACUCAAAGCCCAGCAAAUGAACUUUCAUGAUUACAAAUACAGAUUGGCGAGAUCUACGCUGGUGUUAAUCCCUUUACUCGGGAUCCAGGAGUUUGUCUUUACCUUCUUACCUGAUGAACAAGUUGAAGGAUUUUCAAGACGUAUAAGAGUCUUCAUCCAAUUAAUUAUGAGCUCCUUUCAAGGUUUUUUGGUAGCAAUUUUCUACUGCUUUGUUAAUGGAGAGGUGAAAGCAGAACUCCAAAAGCAAUGGUCCCGUUUCCUGCUGGCUCAUCCAUUUGGCUGCAUUCAGUGCUUCCUUGGGGAAAACAUCAAAUAUCUGGAAAAAUGCUCAAAGAAGCAAAAGCAUCAUCACUUUGCCAACUGUAGGUUGUGCAUGAAAGUGAGUGAGCCCUGGGCUAUGCAGCUCCAGCAGGUGCUGUCGAAGAGGGGAGCAGAUAUUAGUCCAGAAACAGGCCCUAUUCGAAAGCCCCACCCCAGGGCAAGUGUGUCUGACAGCAGCGAAGGAGAAAUCACAACUGGGGAGACAACGGUGGAAGUCUUUGAAGAAAGUGAGAUUUAAAAAUAUCUUUUAAAGGGCAGCAUAAUAAAGGAUCCUUUGGAGCCCUCCUCCUCACCACAUGCUGUGCUCCUGCAACCGUAGAAAAGAAUGGGAAAUUUCUUGCAGUGUAGGUAUGUAGGUGCCAGCAUAUUAGACAAACAGGAUGGGUGAGGUCAUAGCUUUUAUUGGAUCGGCUUCUGCUGGCGACACAGACAAGUUUCCAAGCUUGCCCAAAGCUGAAGAUUGUCCCUUCUGACAUGGGUUAACAUUGCCUGUUCCAUCCCAAGUUAUCUCUUAAUCCCACAUGGGAAAUCAAAGCAAAAUCUGAGUGUUCCUGUAGAUGUGGAGGUGCACGUCCUUGCAGUUUUGAUGGUGGUUAACAGAGAGGAAGGAUAUUGUUUUCGGUGAAUCUGGCAACCAAGAAAAGUUAGUUGCACCCUGAUCAGGAAUGGGACCCUGUGGAUGCACACUACAGAUUUCACAGGUCAUCUCUGUGUCUGUACAUUUCUACUAUGCUUUCAGUGCAAUCAAGAAGAGAACUGUUUGUCUCCUUUACAUAGGUCAUAACACAUUAGUUGUAUUUUGUUUGCUACUCUGUCCUGCAGUUUUUCUGACAUAUGUAUAUUGGCAUAUUUCCUUCAGAUUUGUUUAUCAUUUUACAUGAUUGGCAUUUUGACAUGUGGUACUCUAGUUUGAAAUGUUACUGUGUUCAGAAGAAUAAUUAUGUCUAAUGAAGAAACAUUUUUUGGAUUUAUUUUAAGGUUUUACAUGCCAAUUGUUUGCUAUGGUCACUGGUUCUGUGUACAUGUGUGUGUGCCUAUCUGUGUUGUUCACAGUGAUCCAAUGUGCAGAUGGGGGAGGUAUGUACUCUAGCUGAACAAAUCCACACAAGGAAGGAAAAAUGCUGUUCCUCGCCCAAGCAGCAGAAAUUGAAUAGGAGUCACAUUGUAACAGACCAAUAAGAGUGUGGAACUCUUUGCCAAAUAAUGCUGUGAAGAUUAGGACUUUAACAGGGUUAAAAAAAG